AUGGCCGCAUCCUUGGAUCUUGUCAACCAAUCCUUUGUCAAUGAACUCUCGAAAGGAACCCCUCUAUACGAAAAGACCCCAACAGAAGCACGCCAAAUCCUCGAGGAUGUCCAGAAACACACACCAGCGUCUGAUGUCACCCAAGAAGAGUUCAAGAUCCCCUAUGAGUCCUACAAUGUGAAGACAAUUAUAUUCAGACCAACAGAUGCCAGCGGUUAUCUGCCUACUAUCUUCUACACGCAUGGAGGUGGCUGGAUCCUGGGAAGCCCCACUGUUCACGGAUCUUUGAUGGAAGACCUUGCGCGACAAACCAGCGCAGCUGUAGUAUUCCCAUACUAUAGCCCUGCCCCUGAGAAGCAGUAUCCUACUCAAUUUGAGCAAUCAUUCGCGGUGUUGAAGUAUAUUGUUGAGAAUGGGGAGAAGCAUGGCUUGAAGACGGAUACGCUCGCUCUGGCUGGUGAUAGUGUUGGCGGCCACAUGGCCAUCGCAAUGGUCCAACUAGCCCACACCCGCGACUUACCCAUCAAGCUGUGCCAACUGAUCCUCUUCUAUCCGGUCACCGACACAGCAGAGAAAAGUGCCACAUAUACAAUCUACAAGGACGGUCCUUACCUCACCGAACGCACGAUGGACUGGAUGAUAGGUGCCUUUCUACCGAACGAGGAGGACAGACGUAAUGCGCUUACGUCGCCAUUGAAGUAUGCAUCGGAUGAAGAGCUAUCCAAGUUUCCUCCAACCACUAUCUUUCUGUCGGGUGCGGAUCCCCUUAUUGGAGAGGGUCGGGCUUUCGGGUUGAGGUUGCAGAAGGCUGGAGUUGAGACUGCCUUUUUGACGGCUGAUGGGCAGAUUCAUGAUUAUGUUAUGCUUGAGCCUAUUCGGGGGACGGCGACUGCUAAAGCUGUUGUUAAUCUGGCUGCGCUGCAUUUGAAGAGGGCAUUGGAUGUGUGA